AUGAAGAGUCUCGCGCUAAUAUUCGCAUUUAUUACCGUAACUUUUGCUUCUGCAACAUCUCAGCUAUCAAGUAGAGAUGCCGUCACGAACUUUCCGAACGUUGACGGAAAAUAUAAGGGAUUUUCUCUAUUGGCAAACACUAGUGCCUGCGCCGAUCCAACAUAUGUUCCAUGUACAAAUAGCAAUGGAUGUUGCCCUGUAGGUGCGACAUGUAUACCUAACAGUCAAAGCUGCAACAUUCCAUGCACUGCUCAAGAUAUUAAAAAUAACCCUUGUGGUGAUGGUUGCUGUUUCCCUGACCAAGUUUGUACACCUGAUCUUUAUUGUGCUCCUAAUGGUGGCGGCAGCUGCAGCAAUCCAAACGAAGUUCCAUGUCCAGAUGGCAAUGGAUGUUGCUGCAGCGAUCCAACCUAUGCUCCGUGUCCAGAUGGCAAUGGAUGUUGUCCUCCUCCUACUUCCCCUACUUGCAAUAGCAGUACCGAAGUUCCAUGUCCAGAUGGCAAUGGAUGUUGCUGCAGCGAUCCAACCUAUGCUCCGUGUCCAGAUGGCAAUGGAUGUUGUCCUCCUCCUACUUCCCCUACUUGCAAUAGCAGUACCGAAGUUCCAUGUCCAGAUGGCAAUGGAUGUUGCUGCAGCGAUCCAACCUAUGCUCCGUGUCCAGAUGGCAAUGGAUGUUGUCCUCCUCCUACUUCCCCUACUUGCAAUAGCAGUACCGAAGUUCCAUGUCCAGAUGGCAAUGGAUGUUGCUGCAGCGAUCCAACCUAUGCCCCGUGUCCAGAUGGCAAUGGAUGUUGUCCUCCAUUAGUUUCUACGUCAACUUCUACGUCAACUUCUACGUCAACUUCUACGUCAAGUUCUACGUCAAGUUCUACGUCAAGUUCUACGUCAAGUUCUACGUCAAGUUCUACGUCAAGUUCUACGUCAAGUUCUACGUCAAGUCCUACGUCAAGUCCUACUCCGGCCGCGUUUAUAACAGAUUCGCUCGGACUCUCGAGAAAGGUAAAAAAGUUUGGGAGUGGAACUGCAGAUAACACUCUUGAGUCACUUGUGGGCCUCGUGGACCUGGGAG